UGACUUAUCAUAUCAGUUUAGUGCUUUCAUACCGCUCUUACGGCACAGCCAGCCAGCGGAAGGAACGAUAAUCAGUGCAGUGAUGAAUUUUCAAAUUAUCCCGCGAUCAUUAUGGCGGCAACAAACCCGAUUCUACAGCUAUAAACCGGUGAAAAGAGUAUCGCUACCGCCAGCUAACAAACUGCCUCAGAACGCGGACACUGCCGGCGGUAAUUUAUCACUCACAAAUGAUCUCAAAUCACGAAUCCGCGCAACCGGCCCGAUUCCGGUGGCCACCUACAUGAAACAGGUGCUCACCAAUCCAUCCGCGGGCUACUACAUGACCAGUGGCGACGUGCUCGGAAGCAAGGGCGAUUUCAUCACGUCGCCGGAAAUCGGACAGAUCUUCGGCGAGAUGAUUGCGGCGUGGUGUGUUAACGAGUGGUCCAAGUUCGGGCGACCGGUGCCCUUCCAGCUGAUCGAACUGGGACCCGGAAAGGGGACCAUGAUGCGCGAUGUGCUGAGGGUGUUUGACCAGCUGAAGGUGAGCAGCCACGGGAUGGCCGUCCAGAUGGUCGAGAUGAGUGAGCAUUUGAGUGCGGUGCAGGCGGAAGUGCUGUGCCGAAGCAGCACGGAAUAUACGGAUAAACCUUACUAUCGAUUUGGUGUGACUGCGAACGGGACCAAGAUUUACUGGUAUCGACAGCUUGAGGAUGUUCCGGAAGGGUUUGCCGUGGUGCUGGCACAUGAGUUUUUCGAUGCGCUUCCGGUUCAUAAGUUUGUGAAGCAGGACAAUGCCUGGAAGGAAGUUCUAAUCGACAUUGAGCCCCAGAAGGAGGACCGUUUCCGAUUCAUCGUCUCCAAAUCGGAAACGCCUAUGCUAAGGCUGUUCCUGAAUAAUUACACUGAUCUGCUCGAAGACCGAACCCAUUUCGAGAUUUCGUUUGAGGCGGAAUCGAUUGUACGGCAAAUUGGCGCCCGGUUUAGCGCCAACGGUGGAUUUGGUCUGGUGGUAGAUUACGGUCAUUUGGGUGACAAACGGGACACGUUCCGAGCGUUUAAGAAUCACAAACUGCAUGAUCCACUGCUGGAGCCGGGAAGUGCCGAUUUGACGGCGGAUGUCGACUUCAGUCUGUUGAAUCGGUUUUGUGAGGAUACGGCACAGAUUGUGACGAUCGGACCGACUAGUCAACGGGCGUUCCUGGAAGCGGCAGGUGCACAGGAGCGAUUGAAUGUUUUGAUGAGCAACGGUGGCCUGAGCGAAGGGGAAAAACAGCGGUUAGCGGAUGGAUUCAGGAUGCUGACCGAUCCGGAACAGAUGGGCGAAAGGUUCAAAUUUUUCGGACUGUACCCGAAGGAGUUGGAGAGUUUUGUCAGGCGAAAGUUAUAGGAAUUUGGAAUAAACAGAUGUUGAGCAUUAAAAAACUGAGCUUUAUUUUUGUGAAAUAGGUUGUUUAAUACAAAGAUUUAUUUAUAUAUCAGUUAUAUAGAGUAAUUGUUCCCGUCGUUGCGGUAGUUCCUAAUGUUGCGGUAAUGGCAAUUGUUUAGGCUUAAAGUUAUGUCGCAGAAGACGUUCAAGUUUGACGCAGCACCUUGUGUAAAGUGCCAUUUACACUUAUCAAUAAGUUGAUUCAACCAAGAGGUUCAAUCUUUCCUUCAACUUCAUCAAGAAACACAAUUUGAUGGAAAUAUUGCUAAAUGUAUUGCUUGCAUUUUUAUUGCGGAGAAGAUGGAUGAUAAUGUUGAAUCUUGAUAUAAAUACUGAUCAACCUGCAAAAGCGAGGAUUGAGGUUGAUGUUCAUAUCCUCAAUAUUUCCCCUCCGAAAGAUUGAUCCAACCACCACUAUCAUCCAGUCCAUCAA